AUGAUUCCUUUGAAGCUUGCUAUCAUAGGUGCUGGCCCAUCCUCAUUCUAUGUUGCAUCUCGCCUAUUGUCUCUCUUUCCCCAUGGAUCUUCACAGCUAAAGAUUCACAUGUACGACCGUUUAUGGGCGCCGCACGGACUAGUGCGCUACGGUGUCGCACCAGAUCAUCCGGAAGUCAAGAACUGCACACAUAAAUUUGACCAAGCUGCCGCAGACCCUCGACUACGAUUCUUUGGAAACGUCAACAUCGGCGCCUCUCCCCCACCGUCGAUCCCGCACGCGCUUCACAUCCCUCUAUCAUCCUUGCUGUCACACUACACUCACUUACUGUUUGCGACUGGCUGCACCGUGCCGACACUCCAUCCCGCCCUCCCACCAUCUAGCCAUGUCAUCCCAGCGUUAUCUGUCGUUCAUUGGUAUACCCAACAUCCCUCUCGUCCACCAGUACCAGCACUAGACCAAGUUUCACAUGUUUCACUCAUCGGUCAAGGCAACGUCUCUUUGGACGUUGCAAGGAUGUUACUCACGUCACCCUCCAUCCUUGAAAAGUAUGACGUUCCUGAAUCAGUCCUUGAUGUUCUUCGACGGUCUACAGUCAAGCAUAUAUCCAUCAUUGGUCGGCGCGGGCCCCUUCAGGCAGCUUUCACGACGAAAGAGCUUCGAGAAAUGAUGAACCUCACUGAAGCUUCUAUGGUCCCUCUGGAUCCGUCUCUGCUUGUUCCUCAGGAGAAUGUGAAACCCACACGACAACAAUCUCGCACCCUCCAAUUGCUUGGAAAGGGUUCAGCCCUUGCUUAUGGAACGACGCCGAAGACAUGGUCAUUAGAUUUUUUCUGUUCACCCAUUGGCAUCACUCCAUCCACCGACUCUACUUCAUCCCGUUUGAUGGUGGCACACACCGUCCUCGAUAACUCUGGACGCGCCGUACCGACAGGUGCGAUCUCAGCAAUCGACACUGACCUUGUCAUUACUGCAUUAGGACACCAUGCGGAUCCAUCUCAGACCUUCUACGACCCGACGCUGGGCCACAUCCGCACAGCCUCAGGUCGGGUAAUUGAUGAAGCUGGACAUGCUCGACGAAAUGUUUACGCCUCUGGAUGGGCCGCUAUGGGGGCACAUGGAGUGCUUGCUUCUACGAUGAUGGAUGCAUAUGCAGUUGCAGACACCAUCUUGUCCGAUCAUUUUUCUGGUACCACCCAGACGAUGUCAUCAACACCAGUACAAUCGGACAGCCUGGAGUAUGGUGAUGAUCUCAUGGCUAAGGACGUUGACAUCGAGAGCUUGCCGCGGGAGGUCGAAGACGGUAUCAAAGAGAAGAAGGUGAUGGAGUACAACGAAUGGAAGGUCGUGGAUGCAGAAGAAGUGAGAAUAGGUCAGCUCAAGGGAAAAGAAAGGGAGCGAAUGGAGUGGGAAGAUGUUGGAGAGGUCAUCAGCACCACAUCACUAUUGCAUCGAGAAACAUGAAAUCCAAUAUCAAGUAGAUUGCUGU